AUGGCUUCUACUUACCAGACCCCUAACUACACUGUCAGUGACUACGCCAAGUUCGCUCUUGCUGGUGCCAUCGGCUGCGGUGUUACCCACGGAUCGAUGACGCCUAUCGAUGUCGUCAAGACCAGAAUCCAGCUCGAGCCUACCGUCUACAACACCGGUAUGAUUGGCUCUUUCAAGAAGGUCAUUGCCAACGAGGGUGCCGGCGCUCUGUUGACCGGUCUGGGUCCUACUGUUCUGGGUUACUCGCUGCAAGGUGCCUUCAAAUUCGGUGGUUACGAACUUUUCAAGAAAACUUUCAUCGACGCUCUCGGCUACCAGACCGCUGUCCAGUACAAAGAUGCCAUCUACAUUGGUUCCGCCGCCAUUGCUGAGUUCUUUGCCGACAUUGCUCUGUGUCCAUUGGAGGCCACCAGAAUCAGACUUGUUUCGCAGCCAACCUUCGCCAACGGUCUGAUUGGCGGUUUUGCCAGAAUUCUGAGAGAAGAGGGUGUUGGUUCUUUCUACAACGGUUUCACCCCAAUCCUGUUCAAGCAGAUUCCUUACAACAUUGCUAAGUUCCUGACCUACGAGAGAGCCUCCCAGGCCAUCUACACCUUCGUCACCACUCCAAAGGACCAACUGUCUUCCACUGCUGUCACAGGUAUCAACCUUGGUGCUGGUGUCAUCGCCGGAUGUAUGGCUGCCAUUGUCUCCCAGCCAGCCGACACUUUGCUGUCCAAGGUCAACAAGACCAAGAAGGCCCCAGGACAGUCCACCGUUGGUUUGUUGGCCCAGCUGGCUCGCGAGUUGGGUGUCAGAGGUUCCUUCACCGGUCUCUCCACCAGAUUGGUCAUGGUCGGUACCCUGACAUCUCUGCAGUUUGCUCUUUACGGCUCCAUCAAGGGCGCUCUUGGCUGCCCUCCUGCCGUCGAGUUGGGUGCUGGUGGACACUGA